AUGGCGGCGCUGACUGACCUGUACCAGCUCUCCAUGGCCUGCGGGCACUGGCGCAGCGGCCGGGCCCGCCUGCCCGCCUCGGCCGAGCUCUUCUUCCGCCGCGGGCCCUUCGGCGGCGCCUUCGCGCUGGGCGCCGGCCUGGCCCAGGGGCUGCGCGGCCUCCGCGCCUUCCGCUUCUCGGCUGCCGACAUUGCCUACCUGCGCUCUGUCCUGCCCAGCACCACUGAGGAGGCCUUCUUCGACUACCUGGCCACCCUGGACACCUCAGAGGUGACCGUCUCUGCUGUGCCUGAGGGCUCCGUCGUCUUUGCCAGGGUCCCAUUCCUACAGGUGAAGGGGCCACUGCUGGUGGUGCAGCUGCUGGAGACCACUUUGCUGUGCCUGAUCAACUAUGCCAGCCUGGUGGCCACCAACGCCUCCCGCUUCCGACUCCUUGCUGGUCCAGAUGUGAAGCUGAUGGAGAUGGGGCUCCGUCGGGCCCAGGGGCCGGAUGGUGCCCUCUCGGCCUCCAAGUACUCCUACAUCGGGGGCUUUGACUGCACCAGCAACGUGCUGGCAGGGAAGCUGUAUGGCAUCCCGGUGCGUGGCACCAUCGCCCAUUCCUUCAUCAUGUCCUUCACUGCGAUGGAGGAGGUGCAGCCCCGGGAGCUGGUGCCGUUGGCAGGAGGGGAAGCAGUAGACCUCCCAAGCUUGGCUGAGUCAUGGCUGCAGCAGGUGUGUGAGCUGCUCCAGACACCCCUGGAGAAGACAAACCGAGGUGAGCUGGCCGCCUUCGUGUCCUAUGCUGUCACCUUCCCACGAGACUUCCAGGGGCUGCUGGACACCUACUGUGUCAGGAGGAGUGGCUUGCCCAACUUCUGCGCUGUGGCACUGGCCCUGCACCAGCUGGGCUACCAGGCCAUAGGCGUGCGGCUGGACAGCGGGGACCUGGCCCAGCAGUCCAAGGAGAUCCGCCAGGUGCUCCGAGCCUGUGGUGCUCACUUCCAGGUGCCCUGGUUUGAGACCAUCCCCAUUGCUGUCAGCAAUGACAUCAGUGAGCAGAGCCUGGAGAAGUUCAUCCAGGAGGGGAGCGAGAUCGACAUGAUCGGCGUCGGGACACACCUGGUGACGUGUCCCCUGCAGCCAUCGCUGGGCUGCGUUUACAAGCUGGUGGAGGUCAAUGGCUCCCCAUGCCUGAAGCUCACAGAAGAUGAGGAGAAGAUGACAAUCCCAGGGACCAAGACUGUCUAUCGGCUCUAUGAUGAUGCUGGCCACCCCUUCAUGGACCUCAUGGCCUUGGAGGAGGAGCCUUCACCCAGAGCGGGGCAAGAGCUGGAGAUCCGAGUCCUGGGGCAGCUUGGUGAGACCUGUAAGGUUGUGGCCAGCGUCGUGGAGCCCCUCCAUCGCACAUACUUCAAGGAUGGUCAGCUGUGUGAGCCGCUGCCUAGCCUGCCAGAGGUGAGGACCCAUGCUCAGGUGUCCCUCAGCCUGCUCAACCCUGCUCACCGCCGGCUCCAUGACCCUCAACCCUACCCAGUGGCCAUGACAGAGAGGCUCCACCACCUCCUCACCAAGCUGCAGGAGGCCAGCCAGUGA